GGGAGAAGGGCGUGGCCAGCGUGAGGGCGGCCCAAGAUGGCGGCGCGGCCGUGGCCGCUGCUGCUGCUGCUGCUGCUGGCGGGGCCGGAGCGCGGCCCGGGCGGCUCCUCCGGGCGGCUCCGCCUGGGCCUGGGGCCCGGCCCGGCCGCCGGCUAUUUCCCCGAGGAGCGCUGGAACCCGGAGUCGCCGCUGCGGCCGCCGCGCGUGGCCGUGGCGCUGCUGGCGCGGAACGCGGCCCACGCGCUGCCGCUGGUGCUGGGAGGGCUCGAGAGGCUGCGGCACCCCAAGGACAGGAUGGCGCUCUGGGUGGCCGCUGACCACAGCGUGGACAACACCUCGGCGCUGCUGGCCGAGUGGCUGGGCCGCGUGCGGGGCCGCUACCACCGCGUGCUCUGGAGGCACCAGGAGCAGCCCACGUCCUUCCCCGACGAGGAGGGCCCCAAGCACUGGAGCCCCGCGCGCUACGAGCACGUGAUGCGGCUGCGGCAGGAGGCGCUGGAGGCCGCCCGCGCCAUGUGGGCCGACUACCUGCUGUUCCUGGACGCAGACAACGUGCUGGUGAACCCCGACACGCUGGCCGUGCUGCUGGCCGAGAACAGAACCGUGGUGGCGCCCAUGCUCGACUCGCGCGCCGCCUACUCCAACUUCUGGUGCGGCAUCACCGCCCAGGGCUAUUACCGCCGCACCCCUGCCUACCUGCCGAUCCGGCGCCGGGAGCGCCGGGGCUGCUUCGCGGUGCCCAUGGUGCACUCCACCUUCCUGCUGGACCUGCGGCGCGAGCGCUCGCGGAGCCUGGCCUUCCACCCGCCGCCGCCCGGCUACAGCGGCGCCUUCGACGACAUCAUCGUCUUCGCCGCCGCCUGCCGGCACGCCGGGGUGCAGAUGUUUGUGUCCAACCGGGAGCAGUUCGGGUUCCUGCCGGUGCCGCUGCGCUCCCAGAGCUCCCUGCGGGACGAGGCCGAGAACUUCCUGCACGUCCAGCUGGAGAUCAUGGUGAAGCUCCCUCCGGCCGAGCCCUCCCCCCACGUGUGGGUCCCUCCCAAGGUCCUGGACAAGCUGGGAUUCGAUGAGGUGUUCCUGAUCAACCUGCGGCGCCGCGCGGCGCGCCGGGCGCGGAUGCUGCGCUCGCUGCACGCCCUGGGCGUGGCGCCGCGCCUGCUGGAGGCCGUGGACGGCCGGGCGCUCAACGGCAGCCAGCUGGAGGCGCUGGGGGUGCGGAUGCUGCCGGGGUACCGGGACCCCUUCCACGGGAGACCCCUGACCCGCGGCGAGGUGGGCUGCUUCCUCAGCCACUUCCAGGCCUGGCAGGAGAUCUCGGCGCGGGGCCUGCGGCGCUCGCUGGUGUUCGAGGACGAUCUGCGCUUCGAGGUUUUCUUCCGCAGCCGCCUGACGGAGCUGAUGGAGCAGCUGGACGAGGCGGCCAUCGACUGGGACCUCAUCUACCUGGGCCGGAAGCGUCUGGAGCCGGAGCGCGCGGAGCGCGGCGUGCCGGGCGUGCGGCAGCUGCUGCGCCCGGGCUACUCCUACUGGAGCCUGGGCUACGCGCUGUCCCUGCGCGGCGCCCGCAAGCUCCUGGCGGCCGAGCCCCGCAAGAUGAUCCCGGUGGACGAGUUCCUGCCCCUCAUGUUCGACCGGCACCCCAGCCCCGAGUACUCGCGGCACUUCCCGCGCCGGGACCUGCUGGCGUUCUCGGCGGAGCCGCUGCUGCUCUUCCCCACGCACUACACGGGGGAGCCCGGCUACGUCAGCGACACCGAGAGCCCCCCGCAGCCCCCCGGGACCUGGGACGGGCAGGAAUUCCCGCGGGAAUCCCGGAACUCCCAGCCCCAGAGCCCCCCGCAGCCCCCCGGGGUCUGGGACGGGCAGGAAUUCCCGCGGGAAUCCUGGAAUUCCCAGCCCCGGCACGAGAGCGACGCCCGCGACGAGCUCUGACCCCAAAAACGUGCCUGGGAUUUGGGGGGGGGAGGAAUUCCCACGGGAAUCCUGGAAUUUCUAUCCUUGCAGCCCCUCAAAAUCUGGGAUGGGAAAAAAUUCCCACGGGAAUCCCGGAAUUCCCAGCCCUGGAGCGCCUUGAAAUUCGGGAUGGGGAGGAAUUCCUGUGGGAAUCCUGGAAUUUCUAUCCUUGGAGCGCCUCGAAAUUUGGGAUGGGGAGGAAUUCCCGUGGGAAUCCCAAAAUUCCCAUCCUUGGAACCCCCUGAAAUUCGGGAUGGGGAAAAAUUCCCACGGGAAUCCUGGAAUUCCCAACCCUAGAGCCCAUCGAAAUUUGGGGUGGGGAAAAAUUCCCACAAGGAAUCCCAGGAAUUCCCAGCCCCAGAGAAAUCUGGGAUGGGGAGGAAUUCCCAACCCCUGGCACAACACCCAGAGUCCCCCGAAAUUUGGGAUGGAGAAAUUUGGAAUGGGGAAAAAUUCCCACAGGAAUCCUGGAAUUCCCAGCCCCAGAGCCCCCCGCAGCCCCCCGGACAGGAAUUCCUGCGGGAAUCCCGGAAUUCCCAUCCUUGGAGCCCCUCAAAAUCUGGGAUGGGAAAAAAUUCCCACAGGAAUCCCGGAAUUCCCAGCCCUGGAGCGCCUUGAAAUUCGGGAUGGGGAGGAAUUCCUGUGGGAAUCCUGGAAUUUCUAUCUUGGAGCGCCUCGAAAUUUGGGAUGGGGAGAAUUCCCAUGGGAAUCCCAAAAUUCCCAUCCUUGGAACCCCCUGAAAUUCGGGAUGGGGAAAAAUUCCCACGGGAAUCUGGAAUUCCCAGCCCUGGAGCCCCUCAAAAUCUGGGAUGGGGAGGAAUUCCCGUGGGAAUCCCGGAAUUCCCAACGCCAGAGACCCCAAAAUCUGGGAUGGGGAAAAACCCCCCCCAGGAAAUCCUGGGAUUUCUAGCCCUGGAGUCCCCCAGAAUUUGAGAUUGGGAAAAAUUCCCACAGGAAUCCCGGAAUUCCCAGCCCUGGAGCGCCUCGAAAUUCGGGAUGGGGAGGAAUUCAUGUGGGAAUCCUGGAAUUCCCAUCCUUGGAACCCCCCGAAAUUUGGGAUGGGGAGGAAUUCCCACGGGAAUCCUGGAAUUCCCAGCCCUGGAGUCCCCCCAAAGUCUGGGAUGGAGAAAUUUGGGAUGGGGAGGAAUUCCCGUGGGAAUCCCAGAAUUCCCAACCCUGGAGCCCCCAAAAUUUGGGAUGGGAAAAAAUUCCCAUGGGAAUCCCGGAAUUCCCAACCCCAGCACGACACCCAGAGCCCCCCAAAAAUAUCCCCAAAAUUUGGGAUGGGGAAGAAUUCCCGUGGGAAUUUUGGAAUUCCCAACCCCGGCAUCGCUCGGACCCCAAAAUUUGGGGGAUUUUUAUUCCCAAAUAAAGUUUCUAUUUUUAUUUUUCA